AGGCCAUCUGAGGCGAAGCUUUGAUUUCCCGACGCGCAUCGUAGUUGUUUCCCUCAAUGCCGCGACUGUCCCCAUGCAGAAGCUGCCCCUGGGAGCCAAGCGCAAUGGUGUGGACAGCAAUGGCCCUGCAGCGAAGCGGGCACGGGGUGGCCAGGGUGCAGAGGCGGGGAGCGCCACUGGACGAGCUGCCGCCAGCGCAGCCUCCGACCUGCCGAUCCACGGCUACAGGGAGGAGAUCCUGGAGGCCGUCCGGCAGCACAGGGUCGUGGUCCUCGUCGGGGAGACGGGCAGUGGUAAGACCACGCAGGUGCCGCGCUUCCUGCACGAGGCCGGCUACUCACGCCAGGGCCCCAUCGCGGUGACCCAGCCGCGCCGCAUCGCGGCCAUCAGCGUGGCGUCCCGCGUGGCCGCGGAGAUGCAGAGCGCCAUGGGCGGCCUCGUCGGCUACCACGUCCGCUUCCUCAACAGGACCUCCAAGGACACACGCGUCAAGUACAUGACGGACGGUAUGCUGGUGCGCGAGUCCGCGGGCCCCCUUGGUCUUCGGCACUGCGGCAUGGUGGUGCUCGACGAGGCUCACGAGCGGAGCAUCCACACCGACGUGCUGCUGGGCCUCGUGAAGUCCGCCCUGGAUGCUGGCGAGCCACCACACCUGAGGGUGAUUGUGAUGUCCGCAACGCUGCAUGCCGCGCCGUUCGUUGACUUCUUCGGCGGCCCCAAGCGCGUCAAGCUCGUCACGGUGCCCGGGCGGCAGCACCCGGUGCAGCUCUUCUACACGCCGACGCCGGAGCCUGACUUCCUGGAGGCCAGGCGACUUUCACCACACCCACUGUUCUGCCUCAAGAUUGCACCGUUGCACGGUAUCGCGUUGGCGCCUCUCGAGGCGUUGUCGAUCCUCGACCCAGGCGUGGUACAGUGCAUAGUUUUCCAGCCCUCAGAGCCAGAAAACUAUCCACCGUACCGCGCUGGAGCGGGGCCGACGGGAGUCCAGACAUGGUACCAUGCAUGGGGCGCCGUUUUCGUACCUUUCCAGCCCAUCUGGCGUCUCAGCCUAUUCGGCCACCGAGUGAACCUGUGCGCGUCUGCUCAAGACGUCGACUGGGCUCAGUCGCUGCAGGUAAUCGUCCUCCCGCUCUUGCCACGGCUGCUGCUAUUACUAUCCAUCCGCCUUCCUGCUUCUCAUUCUCUUUCAUGGAUGAAGGAGGAAGAUGAGGAUUUCGCUGCUCAGCACCAUGAGUGUGCCAGGGCGCCCGCCAGGGCGCCCGCCGAGUGA